GGAAGUGCCUGGGCUGUGGUACCCUCACAACUCAGAGGCCGCAGCUUUCCUAUACAGCAUAAUGAAUUUUCGACACUGCAGCCACACCGCUGGUUGGUGGAAGUGAUUGAGUGCCUGCUGCACAAUGCAGUCACACAAACACAUCAGAACAGAAUAUUCAUACUGAAUCACUAUGUCAGUGGCGUUAUCCUGAAUGGGACCAGGGAGGAAGUGAGGCGUCACACCAUGCCCAAGGAAUCUCACAACACCGUGGUGGUCAGUCCAUGUGAUUUUGUCCCAGAGACUCAAAGCUGUUUGGAUAAAGGCGAAAUGCAGGUUUGCUGGAUCAUAGCUCUAAUCCUACCCCUAGUGGUCAACUCAGUCACUGCUGAGGGUAGGCUGCCAACCAACUGUGAGGACAUCUUCAAAGCUGGCCACACCCUCAACAGUGUGUACACCAUCUACCCCACAGGGCCUAGCGUACCUGUGCAGGUGUACUGCGACAUGGGCUGUGACAACAACCAUGUCCAUGACGAAGGCAGGUGGACGGUGAUCCAGAGGAGAAUGGAUGGCACAGUGAACUUCUACAGGCCCUGGGAUCAGUACAAGAUCGGAUUUGGGAACCAGGAUGGAGAAUACUGGCUGGGACUGGAGUGGCUCCACCAGCUCACCAGGAAGAAGAGGUACGAGCUGAGGGUGGACAUGGAGGACUUUGGGGGGGGGCAGGUCCACGCCCAGUACUCCUCCUUCUCUGUGGCCUCUGAGGCCAACGGCUACCAGCUGCAGGUGUCUGGAUACAUAGACGGAGGAGCAGGUGAUGCCCUCGUUUAUCACAAUGGAAGGAAGUUCACUACCUUCGACAGGGACCAGGAUCUGUCCUCCUCUGAGAACUGCGCUCUGUUUUACUUUGGGGCCUUCUGGUACAACAACUGCCACCACACCAACCCCAACGGGCUCUACAUGUGGGGCGCCCACAGUCGCUAUGGCCACGGGGUCAUCUGGCAUCAGUGGAAAGGGUUUCAUUACUCCCUGAAAUCCAUCACCAUGAAGAUCAGACCAGUGUCUUAGUGAUGAUGAGGAUGAUGAUGAUGGUGGUGGUGUUAAUGUUGAUGUUUAUGAUUAUGAUGACACCGUAUGUGUAUAAGUUCAUAAGGGUAGGAGCAGGCUUCCCUCAAGAGUUAUAUUAUUUUUAGAGUGUUG